GCGGUGGGGCGCGCGGUAGGGAUUCUGCCGGCAUCGCGGCGUGGCUAACAGGAGGCAGGAGCUGGGCGCGCAGGGGAGCCGGGACCCUCCCGCGCACACGCACACGCACACGCCGCGCGCCCUCGCGCAUACACACGCCCUCCCUGCCGCGCUCGCCGCCGCGGCCACCAUCGCGGAGCCGAGCCCUGCAGAGCGGGAACCGGGGCCGGAGCGGGGACCGGAGGCAGCCGAGCCGGGGGAUGCCGGCCCGGAGCAGAGCCGCGCGCAGUCGGCGCGCCCGGGACGCCUGCUGCACCCACAGGCCCUGAGGCUCCAGUGCCCAAGAACAGAGAAGGAGACUGAAUCGAGCCCAGGCUGAGCCCUACCUAGCUGCACUCCGCAGACACCCACACAACCCGAGGUAUCCCACGGAGGAGACCCCAUCUUGAGCCUGGAGCCCUGAACCGAUGCUUGAGGAUCUUAUGACCAUAACCUGGCUCCCUUGAGUCUGUGGGGCUGCCCAGCCUUCAGCCUGCAUCUCCAGGGCUCUCACUAUCCAGCUCCUGGACCAGCUCCCAAGCCUACUCCUGACCCCGACCUGGGCCAAAGGGACUCCGAAAGCUUUGGGACCCAGCGGGACACAGCAGCAGUCACGUGCAUGCUGGGACCUCGACGGACAGGCUGCAGUGCCCCAGGCCCCCAGAGGCCAGUCUGUUUGCCUCCUGACGCCAUCUGACCCAGGUGAGCGAGAGGAUGCUGGCGGGGGGCGCGAGGAGCAUGCCCAGCCCCCUCCUGGCCUGCUGGCAGCCCAUCCUCCUGCUGGUGCUGGGCUCGGUGCUGUCAGGCUCGGCCACGGGCUGCCCGCCCCGCUGCGAGUGCUCCGCCCAGGACCGCGCCGUGCUGUGCCACCGAAAGCGCUUUGUGGCAGUGCCUGAGGGCAUCCCCACCGAGACUCGCCUGCUGGACCUGGGGAAGAACCGCAUCAAAACACUCAACCAGGACGAGUUCGCCAGCUUCCCGCACCUGGAGGAGCUGGAGCUGAACGAGAACGUCGUGAGCGCCGUGGAGCCGGGCGCCUUCAAUAACCUCUUCAACCUCCGGACGCUGGGUCUCCGCAGCAACCGCCUGAAGCUCAUCCCGCUGGGCGUCUUCACCGGCCUCAGCAACCUGACCAAGCUGGACAUCAGCGAGAACAAGAUCGUCAUCCUGCUGGACUACAUGUUCCAGGACCUGUACAACCUCAAGUCGCUGGAGGUCGGCGACAACGACCUCGUCUACAUCUCCCACCGCGCCUUCAGCGGCCUCAACAGCCUGGAGCAGCUGACGCUGGAGAAGUGCAACCUGACCUCCAUCCCCACCGAGGCGCUGUCCCACCUGCACGGCCUCAUCGUCCUGAGGCUCCGGCACCUCAACAUCAACGCCAUCCGGGACUACUCCUUCAAGAGGCUGUACCGACUCAAGGUCUUGGAGAUCUCCCACUGGCCCUACUUGGACACCAUGACACCCAACUGCCUCUACGGCCUCAACCUGACGUCCCUGUCCAUCACGCAUUGCAACCUGACCGCCGUGCCCUACCUGGCCGUCCGCCACCUGGUCUAUCUCCGCUUCCUCAACCUCUCCUACAACCCCAUCAGCACCAUCGAGGGCUCCAUGUUGCACGAGCUGCUCCGGCUGCAGGAGAUCCAGCUGGUGGGCGGGCAGCUGGCCCUGGUGGAGCCCUACGCCUUCCGCGGCCUCAACUACCUGCGCGUGCUCAACGUGUCUGGCAACCAGCUGACCACGCUGGAGGAAUCGGUCUUCCACUCGGUGGGCAACCUGGAGACGCUCAUCCUGGACUCCAACCCGCUGGCCUGUGACUGCCGGCUCCUGUGGGUGUUCCGGCGCCGCUGGCGGCUCAACUUCAACCGGCAGCAGCCCACCUGCGCCACGCCCGAGUUCGUCCAGGGCAAGGAGUUCAAGGACUUCCCCGAUGUGCUGCUGCCCAACUACUUCACCUGCCGCCGCGCCCGCAUCCGGGACCGCAAGGCGCAGCAGGUGUUUGUGGACGAGGGCCACACGGUGCAGUUCGUGUGCCGCGCCGACGGCGACCCGCCGCCCGCCAUCCUCUGGCUCUCGCCCCGAAAGCACCUGGUCUCAGCCAAGAGCAAUGGGCGGCUCACAGUCUUCCCCGAUGGCACGCUGGAGGUGCGCUACGCCCAGGUACAGGACAACGGCACGUACCUGUGCAUCGCGGCCAACGCGGGCGGUAACGACUCCAUGCCCGCCCACCUGCAUGUGCGCAGCUACUCGCCCGACUGGCCCCAUCAGCCCAACAAGACCUUCGCCUUCAUCUCCAACCAGCCGGGCGAGGGAGAGGCCAACAGCACCCGCGCCACUGUGCCUUUCCCCUUCGACAUCAAGACCCUCAUCAUCGCCACCACCAUGGGCUUCAUCUCGUUCCUGGGCGUCGUCCUCUUCUGCCUGGUGCUGUUGUUUCUCUGGAGCCGGGGCAAGGGCAACACGAAGCACAACAUCGAGAUCGAGUACGUGCCCCGGAAGUCGGACGCGGGCAUCAGCUCCGCCGACGCGCCCCGCAAGUUCAACAUGAAGAUGAUAUGAGGCCGCGGUGGGGGGCAGGGACCCCCGGGCGGCCGGGCAGGGGAAGGGGCCUGGCCGCCACCUGCUCACUCUCAGUCCUUCCCACCUCCUCCCUGCCCUUCUCCACACGUUCUCUUUCUCCCUCCCGCCUCCGUCCCCUGCUGCCCCCCCGCCAGCCCUCACCACCUGCCCUCCUUCUACCAGGACCUCAGAAGCCCAGGCCUGGGGACCCCACCUGCACAGGGGCGUUGACAGACUGAAGGUGAAAGCCGACAGACCGACACACGGCAGAGUCAGUAAUUCAAUAAAAAAGUUACGAACUUUCUCUGUAACUUGGGUUUCAAUAAUUAUGGAUUUUUAUGAAAACUUGAAAUAAUAAAAAGAGAAAAAAAAAACUAUUUCCUAUAGCUAGUCGGAAUGCAAACUUCUGACGUCCUGAUUGCUCCAGGGCCCUCUUCCAACUCAGUUUCUUGUUUUUCUCUUCCUCCUCCUCCUCUUCUUCCUCCUUUCUCUUCUCUUCCCCUGUGGGGAGGGAUCACUCAGGAAAACAGGAAAGGAGGUUCCAGCCCCACCCACCUGCCCACCCUGCCCCAGGCGCCAUCGGGAGCAGGCUGUGGGGCCAGGCCUGGGCCCAGCUCCGGGCUGGCUUUUUGCAGGGAGCAGGUGGAGGGGACAGGUCUGCCGAUGGGGGUGGGAGCCUGCCUGCUGGGCUGCCAGGCGGCACUACUGCCAGGGGUGGGAGCCUGGCUCGGGUGUGGCUGAGACUCUGGACAGGGCUGGGGUCCUCCUGGGGAACAGCACAGUCAGGGGAGAGAGCCAGGGGCUGGAGUGGGGCUGACCCCAGCCUCCGGUCCCAGCCCUGCUGCUCACUUGCUGUGUGGCCUCAAGCAGGUCACUGGCCUCUCUGGGCCUCAGUCUCCACAUCUGUACAAAUGGGAACAUUACCCCCUGCCCUGCCUACCUCACAGGGCUGUUGUGAGGAAUUGAGAUGAUGUAUGUGAAACACUUUGUAACCUGUAAAGCGCUGUGCACACGUGUGGGUGA